AUGUCAAUCCUCGAUCUUCCUGCGGAACUUUACUUCCUCAUUGCUGAAUAUAUCACAUCUCCAUGCGACCUCAACCAUCUUCUUCUAGCUCACCGUGGCCUCGCAGUGUUCAUUACCCCUGUCCUCGCUAAAUAUGCUUCUACUCCACCAUACGCUAUCCCCGCCCUCUUCUGCUUCGCCGCCUCCCGUAACGCUCAAAGGGUCAAGUCUCACCUCGAAGAAGUUAGAAAAUGGGACCCAGAUAUCACUACCGACGUUGAAUCCAUCAUCUCGCAAGGUCCCAACCUUGUCUGGGACGUCAUUGUCCCAGACGAACUCUCAAUGUUCCAAGACAAGACUGUCACCCAGCGAGCACUCCACUGGGCAAUCAUGAAUGAGAAACUCUCAAUGAUCCGAUACCUCAUCUUCCAAGGCGCUGAUAUCGAAUACCGAGAUCCCAAAACCGGCGGAAAGGCGAUCGACCAUGCCAUCCUCAAAGGGAACGCGGAGAUUGUUGAGAUAAUCAUCGAAAACGGGGCCGAUGUAAGCGUGUGGGAGUUCAAGUGCGGAAGUCUUCUACAUUGUACCAUUGAAUGCCUUAGGAAAGUAUCGUACUCGAUAGAGUUUAAAACGGCAAUGGUUGCAUAUGAGAAGAUCUUAAUAUUGCUGCUGAGAGGAGGUGCGGAUAUAAAUGUUUGCGAUACAUACGGCCACACUGCACUCCACCUUGCAGCACCUAGCUGGCCAGAGAUAAUCCCGCUAUUGUUGGAAUGGGGUGCCGAUACCAAUGCUCAAGAUUCCUUUGGGAACACACCAUUGCACCUAGCAGCGCAAACAGCACAGACAAUAUUUGACUUUACUGAUCCGAAUAUGCAAAGUGUUGAGACACUGCUCGCAAUGGGCGCGGACGCAACAAUAAAGAACGACGCAGGCCGAGAAGCGUUCGAUAGGUCGAAAAAACUUGUCCAUUAUAUUGAGCCCAAAGUUCCCUCGGAUUUCAGACAUAGGGGGUAUAUGAUGCGGCUGGUAUUACUUCAAGGACGCCGGUAUAGGCCGCAUUCCUGGUUAGCUUUGUGA